AUGUGACAUUUCUCGGCCGUGAAAACUAGGCCACCGCGGCCACAAACAAAUUUUAGUUUUCUUCGCUGAAAAAAACAUGUUUUUCAGUCUGAAAUCAGAGUUUUUAGUAUGAAACAAGAUGGACGAGGCUUCCUGUAGAUUUCCAGAAUGGGUUUCUUCAAAAAUCAUCGAUUAUUACGCAGAGCAGAACAUCAAAGCGCUGUUCGAUUGGCAGAUUGAUGUGUUGAAUGAGGCAAGACAAUUUGAAGAUCAACACUUGAUAUUCAGUGCGCCAACAAGUGCUGGGAAAAGCAUUGUAGCUGAACUUUUAUCAUGGAAAGUCGCUUCAACUGGUAGAAAGGUACUCUUCGUACUUCCUUAUAUCUCCGUGGCUCGAGAGAAACUUCAUCAAAUUCAACGGUGUUGGAGACGAGAUGACAUUUCUGUCUGUGGCUUCAUUGGUCCACAGGCCUCAAAUCCAAAUGAGUGGCUUGGGGCAGUUUGUACCAUCGAAAAAGCAGCAAGUUUGACAAAUCGAGCAUUAUCAGAAGAUUGGUUUGAGGAAAUUGGAAUGAUAGUCGUUGAUGAAAUGCACAUGGUUUUCGAUUCGUCUCGUGGUGCACACAUUGAGCACAUGCUCUCGAAAGUUUUGCUCUGGAACCAAUCUGCACUGGAAAAAGUUAGAAUUAUCGGAAUGAGUGCAACUAUUCCAGAACUUUAUCGAAUAGGCAAAUGGCUGGACGGUGCGAAAGUUUUCGAAGCAAGAUUUCGACCAAUUGUUCUACAAAAUCAUAUUGUAAUUGGUUCGGAGUUGAGGAAAUCUGGAGAUAACAAAGUUCUAAGAGAAUUCUCUGAAGAUCCAUUAAUAUUGCUUACCGAAGAGAGUUUUCGCCGCAAUUCUCAGACUUUGGUAAUGAUUUCUUCGAAACUUGAUGCCGAGAAGACUGCUUUGAAUAUUGCGUCGAGAUUCCAUGAGAUCAAUAAAACCGACAGCUCAUUGUUGGAAAUAUUAAAAGAACGAGCCAAUGGACUAUUAUUUAUAAAGCAUGGAUUGGAACGGAAUGGUUGCAAGGAUCGGAAUGUUAUGUCAACACUUGCAUGGGGAGUAGCAUAUCAUCAUGCUGGAUUGACGAUGGAGGAAAGAGAAUGCAUUGAACUAGGAUUUCGGGAGAAAAAUAUUGUUAUUCUUGUGGCUACAAGUACUUUGGCUUCAGGCGUAAAUCUCCCUGCGGAACGAGUACUCAUCAAGGCUCAGCCACGUGGCCCAUCGGCUCUCACUUCUCUAAAUUACCGUCAGAUGGUGGGAAGAGCGGGAAGAACAGGACAUGCUACACGAGGUGAAACCUAUCUUCUCAUCAAGAAAUGUGAUCGAGAUGCCGUGCUGAAAAUCAUCGAGACUCCGAUUGAUCAAGGUGUUCUAACAAGGAAACGAGAUGCUGAACGGACUAAUUUAAGCAGAUUUAUAUUAGAGGGAAUCUGCACUGGGCUCACGACAACAAGAUCUCAGAUUCAUGAUCUCUGCAAGCUUCUCCUAUUUAAUUCUGAAAACCUUCAACUUUCUGACAUUGCCAUCGAGAUGCUUCUUCGGAAUUCUUUCAUCUCCCAAGACGAAAACGAUGAUCAAUUAAGUCCCACACAACUCGGAAGAGCUGCAAUUGCUUCAUCUCUACCACCUGAAGCAUCACUUGCCAUUUUUGAAGAUUUGAAUUCGGCGAGUCGAGCAAUUGCACUGGAUACUGAGCUUCAUAUGCUCUAUUUGGUAACCCCAAUCAACGUAAGUGUUUGGCAGGAAUGUGAUUGGCAUCACCUUUUCUCAAUUUUCUCGAAACUUCCAUCAGAUCAUAAACGAAUCGCAAAGUUGGUUGGAGUCAGUGAAAAAUUUAUUUUGGAUCAACUUCAAGGACGAAGAAAUGACAAAUUGCUUCAAAUUCAUAUUCGAUUCUUUUCUGCGUUGGCACUUUUUGAUUUGAUCAGCGAAAUGAGCAUUUAUGAGGUAUCUCACAAGUACCGAAUUCCUCGUGGAUGUCUUCAAACACUCCAAUCACAGAGCGCCACUUACGCGGCAAUGAUUGUGGCUUUUUGCCUUCGACUGGGAUGGACAUAUCUCAAGGCACUGCUUGAUGGAUUUGCAACGAGAUUGUUGUUCGGUGUUAGAUCAGAGCUCUCGGAGCUUGUGGCGAUUGAAGGAAUUGAUGGACAGAGAGCCCGAAUCCUACAUGAACGUGGCGUGACGUGUCUGUCACAUUUGUCCGCUUGCGAUUCUUCGAAACUUGCACACUUUCUAACAUUGGCUGUUCCAUACUCAAGCUCGAAUUCAAACGAUGGACUCGGCGAGUGGCUUUUUGGAGAGCCAAGAAUGAGAGUUGAUGUGGCGGCUAGAACAUUGAAAGAACGGGCUCGAAAAGUAUUGAUCAGAAGAGUGCAGGAGCUGGGAAUUUCUGUGGAGUUGCCGAAAUUUGAGGAGAACGAGGAAAAUAUUCAAGAGAGUUGUGAUAGUGGACUUCCGGAUAGUUGUGAAGGAAUGGAAGAUGAGUUGGAGGAGAAAGAGAAUAUUGUGAAGAUGGAAGAAAUGACAAAGAGUGUCACGGAAAUGUCACUUACAGAUAAUACAAUAUCAUUUAAAAGUGAGGAUGAUUUGUUCAAAAAAGAGAUUAAAGUAGAAGAAGAUGAAGUUUUUAUAAAAAAAGAAAUAGACGAAGAUGAAGAAGAAAUAGUUGAAGAAACUGUAAUCGAGUGUCUAGAAACAUCUCUUCUGAAACUAAAAGCAUCAACAGAUGAAGUAUUCCUAAGAAGGCUUUCACAAACAUUCUCACCUAUUGGAAGAAGUCGCAGUAUUCUCAAUAACUCAUUACUUGAAGAUUCAUUUGAUAGACCAGUACCCAGAAGCUCUAUUCCAAUUCUUAAUUUCAUCACUCCAAAAAGGGAAUCGCCAACUCCAUAUUUCGAAGACUCAUUCGAUCGUCCAAUACCUGGAUCCUUACCAAUAAGUUCUUCAAGACGAAAGUCAGUUCUUACAAAUAUUGCUAAUCUGGAUUCAAGUCGUCGUGAAUCGAUUAAUUCCAAUGCUUCGGAUAACAAUUCAUUCGAUGUUUUUGUAACUCCACCAACAAAAUCUGCAAAAGAAGAAAAACGAAGAAUUGCUGUAAAACAUCCACGAGUUGGAAAUAUUAUAUAUUCACCACUCACUUCCAGUCCAGUCAUAAAGCAUCCAAAACUUGAAAUCAAUCAUUUUUAUUUAAAAGAUGUUUGCCAUGAUCAUAAUGCUUGGAAUUUAUGGACAAAAUCAAGUACAUCUACUUCGAGUUGUUCAAUUCGAGUUUCAGAUGAUUAUACUGGAAUUGCAAUUAGAACCGAUGCGGGGAAUACUUUUAUUCCAUUACUUGAAACGUUUGGAGGAGAGCCAUCACCUGCAUCCAAGUACUUCGAGUCAUUCUCCAAAUGCAUCAUCCCUCUGAACACUCGCUUGGAAUUCCUGAAAACACUUGCGGUUACUGUAGAAAUGUAUAUUUCGUCUAUGGAAGAUGCUUUCCUGAUUUUUGAAAAGUUUGGAAUCAAGAUUUUCCGACUGAAAGUUGUUCGAAUUGCUGCGUAUCUGAAUAAUGUUAUCGACGUGGAGCAGGAGGAAAACUCGAAUUUUCUGCCAAUUCUAAUGGAUCGUUAUUCAAUUUUAGAUCCGGAAAUUAGAAAAACUUGCUCUUCGAGCCUGCACAAAGCUGCCGUUGAAGUAUAUUCCCUGAAGCCGAUCUUCGAGAAAAUGUGCUGUUCUGGAGCAAGUUUACAAUUAGAAAUGGAAUCUUGUCAGACUGUCUUGAACAUUUUCUACUCUGGCAUCGUAUUUGAUCAAGCUUUAUGCAAUUCUUUCAUCUAUAAAAUUAGAAAACAAAUCGAGAAUUUGGAAGAAAAUAUUUGGAGACUUGCUUACGGAAAAUUCAAUAUUCAUUCUUCAAAUGAAGUUGCAAAUGUUCUAUUCUACCGCCUUGGCCUAAUUUAUCCAGAAACUUCCGGAUGUAAACCAAAACUACGACAUCUUCCAACAAAUAAGCUUAUAUUGGAACAAAUGAAUACUCAACAUCCGAUUGUUGGAAAAAUUCUUGAAUAUCGACAAAUUCAACAUACAUUGACACAAUGCUUGAUGCCACUUGCCAAGUUCAUUGGAAGAAUUCACUGUUGGUUUGAAAUGUGUACAUCGACUGGAAGGAUUUUGACAAGUGUUCCGAAUUUGCAAAACGUUCCAAAGCGAAUAUCGUCCGAUGGAAUGUCUGCCCGUCAACUUUUCAUCGCAAACUCUGAAAAUUUGUUAAUCGGAGCCGAUUACAAGCAGCUGGAGCUUCGUGUUCUGGCACAUUUGAGCAAUGAUUCGAAUCUUGUCAAUUUAAUCACAUCGGAUAGAGAUUUAUUUGAAGAACUCUCAAUUCAAUGGAAUUUCCCACGAGAUGCUGUUAAACAGCUUUGCUAUGGUUUGAUCUAUGGAAUGGGCGCCAAAAGUUUAUCGGAGUUGACAAGAAUGAGCAUAGAAGAUGCUGAAAAGAUGCUAAAGGCGUUUUUUGCAAUGUUCCCUGGUGUAAGAAGCUAUAUCAACGAAACAAAGGAAAAAGUUUGCAAAGAAGAGCCAAUAUCAACUAUUAUUGGAAGAAGAACAAUUAUAAAAGCAAGUGGGAUUGGAGAAGAAAGAGCGAGAAUUGAACGAGUUGCUGUGAAUUAUACGAUUCAAGGAUCUGCUAGCGAGAUAUUUAAAACGGCUAUUGUGGAUAUUGAAUCGAAAAUUAAAGAAUUCGGCGCACAAAUCGUCCUAACCAUCCACGAUGAAGUUCUAGUCGAAUGUCCAGAAAUCCACGUGGCAGCAGCUUCCGAAUCUAUUGAAAAUUGCAUGCAAAAUGCUCUUUCUCAUUUAUUACGAGUUCCAAUGCGGGUUUCAAUGAAAACGGGACGAUCAUGGGCUGAUUUAAAGUGAUAUACUGGUUUAAAUAAUUAUUUACGGGAUGCUACUUUAAAUAAAUAGCUUAAAUUAUACUCUAAACUUCUUUUUUAUCGUUGAAAAUCAGUUUGAUCAAAUUUUCAUAUCUGGUUUUUUUUGAAAAAUUAUAUUUUUUGUUUUCGAAAAUAAAACACUC